UCUGCUCCCCCCACGCUGUCCUGAUUUCCUCCUCACGCUUCUGGAGAGGCAUCAAUCAACUCAGCCCCUUGUUCAAUGCGUCACGUGGAACGCGCCAAUCACCGGGCUCGUCCACAAAAACCCAGAGCCGUCUGCCUGAUGCGCUGCCAGCAGAAACGUAGAGUCGCGUAAUUGGCUGCGCGGAGGUUCUGCGAAAUGCCUCUCCGGCUGAAAUGACUCCCCCCGCUGCACUGAACUCUCUCAUCCCGCACCACUGCAAGUAGAGAGCGAACUUUUGUCACUCUUUUUAAGUUUGCAAGUUUUUUUUAACUCCCCCUUUCUUUUUUAAAAGUUGUGAACAUGUUUGGCCCACUGCUGUUGUGCGUAAUGGUUGCCUUCGCGUCGAUGCCCGCGGGUGCGCAAGUCUCCAGCAGGUAUGUCGUCGGCUGUCCAUCUCGGUGUGACAAGUCGAUGUGUCCGCGUUUGCCCACGGACUGCCCGGCGGGACAGGCCCUCGACGCCUGCCACUGCUGCCCGGCGUGCGCGUCCGGGGAGGGGGAGGCCUGCGGGGGCAGCGGGAAGCUCGGGGACCCGGUGUGCGGCGAGGGGCUGGAGUGCUCGGUCCCCGGCGGGGUGGCGUACACCGCCACGGUGAGGAGACGGAGCAAGACCGGGGUCUGCGUGUGCAAAUCCACCGAUCCGGUUUGCGGCAGCGACGGGGUGUCCUACCGGAAUAUCUGCGAGCUGAAGAGGGUGAGCCGGCGGGCGCAGAAGCUGCAGCAGCCACCUGUCCUCUUCAUUCAGCGGGGAGCCUGCGGGAAAGCUCAGGACAAUCCAGACAGUCCGAGGCACAAGUACAACUUCAUCGCCGACGUGGUGGAGAGAAUUGCACCGUCUGUGGUUCACAUUGAACUUUUCCGCAAGAUGACUUAUUCCAAGCGCGAGGUGGCUGUGGCCAGUGGUUCUGGUUUCGUUGUGUCAGAGGACGGCCAGAUUGUGACCAAUGCCCAUGUUGUGGCCAAUAAACACCGGGUUAAAGUGGAGCUGAAGAGCGGGGCCUCCUACGACGCCAAAAUCAAAGACGUGGAUGAGAAGUCGGACAUCGCUCUCAUCAAGAUUGAUGCACCGACUAAGCUCCCCGUACUGUUGUUGGGCCGCUCAUCUGACCUGAGACCAGGGGAGUUUGUGGUUGCUAUUGGUAGCCCCUUUUCCCUUCAGAAUACAGUGACUACAGGAAUUGUCAGCACCACUCAGAGAGGAGGCAGAGAACUGGGCCUUCGCAACUCUGACAUGGACUACAUUCAAACUGAUGCCAUCAUUAAUUAUGGCAACUCCGGAGGUCCACUGGUAAAUCUGGAUGGUGAGGUGAUCGGGAUCAACACUUUGAAAGUUACAGCUGGCAUAUCCUUUGCAAUCCCCUCAGACAAGAUCCGACAGUUUUUGGCCGAGUCCUAUGACAGGCAGUCCAGAGGAAGAACCGAUGCCAAGAAGAAGUACAUUGGUGUGAGAAUGAUGACCCUCACUGCAUCGCUAGCCAAAGAGCUGAAAACCCGACACCGUGACUUCCCUGACAUCACCUCGGGAGCUUAUGUUAUGGAGGUCAUUGCAAAGACACCAGCUGCAAUUGGUGGACUCAAAGAACAUGAUGUAAUCAUCUCCAUCAAUGGCCAAAGGAUUUCAUCAGCAACUGACGUCAGCGCCGCCAUCAAGAGAGAUAGCACCUUGAGAAUAGUAGUGCGCCGUGGCAACGAGGACGCCAUCCUCACCGUUGUUCCCAUGGAGAUUGACCCUUGACCUUCCAGAAAUCAUACCGCGGGAGCUGGAGUUGGUUAAACUUGUCACCAGUGGACCUUAUAUGGAGAGGGCUUCUAUUGAAAAAGGUUCUCCCUGUUGCCAGAGGCCCAGUGGCACCACACACCCAGGAAAAUUCUGGCUUUGCCUUGAAAGGAACGACUGUGCAGAUGCUCAAAAAAGCAAUGCUGUACUUUAUUUUUCUGCGUGUGCCUCAAUUUUUAGCCUUUAAUGCUUUGAUCAAUGCUACUACUGUUUGGUCACAAACUUAAUAAUUUUGUUAUUGUUUUUAUCUGCUUUUUCAUCUUUUUAAUAUGGACUUUUGCUCAUUCAGGUCUCAGUCAGGUUGCAAUUUUAAGCAACUCAGAGGCUAAGUGAGCAAAUCUGAUCUGUAUAAUUGUUGUUUUUUUAAGCUAAUUUUUUCCAAGUACUGUAGAAUGUUUUUGACUAUGUGAUGUAUACUACGAAGAAAAUAAACGGUUUACUUACAAUUCUUUUGAAAGUUUACUUUGCUGGCUUUUUCCAGUUCUUUCCAUCUUUAAAUUUUUUUAUUCAGUUUAUGACUUUCCCAUUCACGCACACAAGCUUGGGUGACCAGGACAUUUCAUUCUUC